AUGUCGUACAACAUACGCCCAGCCAAGGAAUCUGACGUCCCCGCCAUCUGCGAAGUCUACUUCGAUGCUUACGGCCUCAAGAGCAAGAUGGACGACGAGACCCGGAAGGCGAUACGCGAGCAUUUUCUCGAACAGGCGACAACACAAUACAUGUACGACUCCGGGAGCCAAGUAUCCGUCAUGACGGACUCGUCCAAAGACGAGAAGGUUGUCGCCUUGAGCAUAUGGAUCGCUCCCAAGCACAAGGACGAUGCGGCAUCCACCAAAGCGCAGCAGCAGUCCUCCAAUGCCGCAACAGGUGCCGACUACGAAGGCUUCAUUGACGCCGGCAAGGCCAGUGGCAGCACCAACCCCGGCCUGGCGGCCUAUCUCGAGUCUCGCGAAAGGGAGGAGGAGAAGCACGAGGAGAUCAUGAAGGGCAGGCCACACUGGACCCUGCUGCUGCUGGCCGUGAGGGCCGACUACCAGGGCAAGGGCCUCGGAGGGCGUCUCAUGGAGAGCGGCAUGGAGCUGGCCGACAAGGACGGGCUGCCGCAGUUCAUCAUCGCGAGCCCGGCCGGCAAACGGCUCUAUGAGAAGCAUGGCUUCGAGACGGUGGAGAACUUCGAGUUCACGGAUAGUUCUGGCAAAGAGCAUGCCAAUAGCGCUAUGCUGCGGACGCCUCCUCGGGAGCCGUGA